AUGCCAUCCACUUCCAGAUUUUUCAGAGUGUUCUGGUUUCUUCGCCUGCCACAGCUCUUCUCCACCUGUGUGGCCUUCUCCCUGGUGGCUGACAUGGGCUUUUUGAGAGGGGCCAUAGGUAACUGGUCCAUGGCCAUCUGGUGCCUCUGUUUUGCCAUGACCCUUGUUGUAGUUAUUGUCGAGUAUAAGGAUUUCCAGUCCUUCUUUCCUUUCUACUGGUACAACUUCCCCGUCACCUAUGCCUGCUACGCUGCUCUCGUCUGCCUCUCAAUCUCCAUCAUCUACUCCAUCACCUACGUCCAGUUCCUUCCAUAUGGCCUCUUUGGGGACCGGGCCAUUGCCGCCACUGCAUUCUCCUGUGUCGCUUCUGUGUUCUAUGCCAUGGAUGUGGCCUUUAUGUGGAACUGCUACAAGCUGGACAAUAUCUCCUGCUACAUGCACACCGUGCCAGGCCUGCUGAAGGUUCUGGAGACCUUCAUGGCUGGUGUCAUCUUCGCCUUCCUCAGCAACACCUCCCUGUACAUGCACCAGCCGGCCCUGGAGUGGUGUGUGGCCGUGUACUCCAUCUGCUUCAUCCUGUCAUCAGUGGCUCUCCUGCUGAGCCUGUGGGAAUUUGACAACAGACUGUUAUUCCCUUUCCCCAUUUUCCAGCUUGUGAUCAACCUGCUCUCCAUCCUCCUCUACGUCAGUGCUCUGCUCCUCUGGCCGCUCUACCAGUGCUACGAGGAAUUUGUCAGGCAGCACCAGAGGUCCAGUGAUGGGGACUGCGGAGAUGAGCUCACCUAUCACAUGUGCACCUGGGACCAGCGUCUGGCUGUGGCCGUCCUGACAGCCAUCAACCUGCUGGUUUACGUGGCCGACCUGGUGUACUGGGCCCGCCAGGUUUCUGUAGGGACUCAGGGACCAGUCCUGAUCUUCUGCUCACAGGAGGUAUCCUCACCGCUCUCUGACAUCCUCUGA